AUGUGGCCUCUGAAGCUGUGCGAAGUCACCUCAUCAGCAGUAAGCCGGAUGGAGGCAAAAGCCAACUCCUUCAUCCGCAAAUGGCUCGGCCUACCACGGUGCUUUUCAGCUGCUGAGCUGUAUGGAUGGAACUCACUCCAGCUACUCCUGAAAUCCAUCACCUUGGGCUAUAGGCAGGAGAAGGCAAGGCUUGUGAUGGAAUUAAGGGACUCCUCCGACAAGGCAGUGGCUGAUGCAAAUGCCAGAGUUGAGACUGGAAGGAAAUGGAGGGCUAAGGAGGAGGUGCAGAAGGUGAUGGGAAGACUGCAACAUCAACAAAUUGUGGGCAUGGUCCAGACAGGGCGGGCAGGCCUUGGAUGGAGCGAGCCACCCAUCCUAUGGUCCAAGGCAAGUAGGAAGGAGAGGAAGGACCUAGUUGUUGCAGAGGUCACCAGGAUUGAGCAGGAGGAGCUCAGAGAGGCAAAUAAUCAGAGUCCAUUAGAGAGUCGAUGUAAGAUCCACUUCCUCAGGCAGGGGGAACCCGCAAUGCAUACCAGUAAGAGACCACCCGCCAAGCUAUUAACACCAGGGGCGGGGUGGAAGAUGGAAGUAGACCUGGGAAGGCAGCUCCAGUUCCCACAGGAGAUAUGCAGCACCACAUUAAGACCAGACGUGGUGCUGUGGUCUGCAGCUGUGAAGUCAGUGAUACUGAUCGAGCUGAUAGUGCCAUGGGAGGAGGGACUGGAAGCUGCCUAUGAGAGAAAGAAGGCGAAGUAUGCAGACUUGGUUGCGGAGUGCAGAGAAAGUGGAUGGAGUGUGAGGCUGUACCUGGUGGAGGUGGGAGCUAGAGGCUUUGUGGGCAGAUCAAUAUCAUGCCUGCUCAAGGACCUGGGACUAUGGGGAGCCACACUGAGCAGAUCCACCAAAGAACUCUCUGAGGAAGCGGAGAAAGCAAGCCACUGGCUCUGGCUGAAGCGACGAGACAAGGCUUGGGGAGUAACAUCAAAUUAG